UGCAAGCAUGUACGCCAAAGGCAAGAGUAGCAACGUGCCGUCCGACAGCCAAGCCAGAGAAAAGUUGGCUCUUUACGUGUACGAGUACCUGCUGCAUGUAGGAGCACAGAAGUCUGCACAGACCUUCCUCUCAGAGAUCCGAUGGGAGAAGAACAUCACAUUAGGAGAACCUCCAGGGUUCCUUCAUUCAUGGUGGUGUGUUUUCUGGGACCUUUACUGUGCAGCUCCAGAGAGGAGAGACACAUGCGAGCACUCCAGUGAGGCCAAGGCGUUCCAUGACUAUAGUGCAGCAGCGGCCCCGAGCCCCGUCCUCGGGAACCUCCCCUCAGGAGAGAGCAUGCCAGUGGGCCCAGUCCCUCCAGGGUUCUUUCAGCCAUUCAUGUCACCUCGAUACCCAGGAGGACCCAGACCGCCCCUUAGACUACCGAAUCAGGGGCUUGGAGGAGUUCCAGGUAGCCAGCCGAUGUUACCCACUGGGAUAGACCCCACAAGGCAACAAGGGCAUCCAACCAUGGGAGGACCGAUGCAGAGGAUGACUCCACCAAGAGGCAUGGUACCCCUCGGGCCUCAGAAUUAUGGAGGAAUGAGACCACCACUGAAUGCCUUGGUUGGCCCUGGGAUGCCUGGUAUGAGCAUGGGACUUGGUGGUGGUAGACCCUGGCCAAAUCCUCCAAACUCAAACUCUACACCUUACUCUUCUGCCUCUCCAGGAAGCUAUGGGGGACCUCCAGGAGGAGGGGGGGCACCUGGAACUCCAAUAAUGCCAAGUCCAGCAGAUUCGACCAACUCUGGUGACAACAUGUACACCAUGAUAAGCGCGGUCCCUCCAGGUGCAAGUCGACCAAACUUUCCUAUGGGUGCAGGGAGCGACGGUCCGUUAGGAGGGAUGGCUGGAAUGGAGCCGCAUCACAUGAACGGCUCUAUAGGGUCAGGUGACAUGGACAGUAUCUCCAAGAACUCUCCUGGUAACUUAAGUAUGAGCAACCAACCAGGGACACCCAGAGAGGACGGAGAGAUGGGAGGAAACUUCCUUAACCCUUUUCAGAAUGAAAGUCCUCAGAGCGACGACAACAAUCCACAGUAA